AAGGUGACUAUAGUUAAGGUUAGGGAAUACACAUGCGUAGGCAUGUUUGUGUGCAUGUCACGUGUACAUGCAAGAGUGGAUAAAUGUGAUAACACAGGUACAUGCGAUGGAGACCUAUACGAUGGAGGGUGAAAGAACGGCAGAGCAACACAUAUCUUGGGACAAGGACUCACUAGCUGGGAUUAUCCCGCGAUCUGUGCAUCAAAUAUUCGAUACUCUCACCAAUCAGCCUGCAGAAUUCGCAGUGAAAGUCAGCUAUCUGGAGCUGUAUAAUGAAGAACUGAUUGAUCUGUUGAGCUCCAGUGGCAGUGACAAACGAAUGAGAUUAUUUGAUGACUCUGCCAACAAGGGCUCCGUGGUGAUCCAAGGUCUCGAAGAGAUCACACUCGUGAGCAAGGAUGAAGUUUACAACAUCAUGAAACGAGGCGCAUUGAAGAGAAAAACAGCAGCAACGCUCGCACCGCCUCGUGACAUGCGACCUCUACCGGCGUAUAACUGCCAACCUGCAUCUACACAAAAACUCUUCAUAAACAACAUAUUACAGCAAUCUG